AUGGCAGCUGCACAGACAUUCAGUCUAGCCUGUGACCACGGGAACCAAAUCCUCCGUUCUUUUAAUUCGGACAUUUCCUAUAGGUGCAAUAUGGGUAGUGUGAGCAGUCUGAUAGAGAAAAAUGACUUUUCACCUGAUGAUUUCAGAUUAGACUUUAAGUCCCUCCCAGAUUCUCACAGCCCAGGAAAUAUCUUGAAGAGGAGUCUGAAUCAGAAAGAUCUGCUGAGCUACUUGAGUAUUACAAAGAAAGAUGGCAAGAGUGCCAAGAAGAUACCUUCUGGGCUGGGAUUCAGAAGAGAACACAGCAUGGAAGGAGAAGAAAAUGACUACCCUGGCUUGUACCAAAAAGAGCACAGGAGUACAGACUUCACCAAGUCGUCACUUCCAGAACGGGGACGUUUUGAAAAGUCUCGUUUUGGGCCAGCAGCUUUGAAGCCUUCUAACGGAAAGAACUUCAUGUCAAUGCAGAGUUUAUGUUCUACCAGUAGCCACAAGCUAUCGAAAAGCAAUGGUAGUCUGAAUACCCUAGGCAGUCUGAACAGUCCACCACGUCGAGGGCCUCUGAAGUCAACAAACAACCAUUCUGUCAGCCAUCAUGAAACUGAAAGUGAAGAAAACGACAGCUUGUCUGACUCCAGGCAAAAUUCAGCCAACAGCUUUUCAGGUUAUAGCCCUGGAUUCAGUGUAGCACGGGGUCAAAUCAGUGCAUCCACUGGACAUAUAAACCAUAUUGGAGGAUCAUUAGAUCGAGCAUCACGAGCAACUCGAGACAUGGCAUCUGGUGAAAAAAUGGCACUGUCCUGCAAGAGCAUGGCAACUUUGAGCCGCCUGCAGUGUUCAGGAGAACCUCCUCCUCCAUAUGAGUACUCUCAGUCUGUAGAAGAUGUAGCGCGCCAACUUGAAGAAAAACUCCAUGAGAAAGGGGUAGAACUGAGGCAACUAAGAAGGAAUCCAAGUGACAAAGAUGAUCCCUUUACUCAGGUAUUUGAGGACAAGCGUCGUUUAUGGAUGGAGGAACUGGAUGAAUUAAAACAGAUGUAUGUAUCCAAGCUCCAGCAGAUCUCCCAGCAGGCACUGCGUAGCCAGCGGGCCUUACAGCUACAGCUGUAUAAGGUACAGCAAGAGAAAAAGCGCCUCCAUGAGGAGCUCAACUCCUUAAGGGCAGAAUGUGAGCAGCUUCGACAAAAACAGUCAUCUCAGCCUGAAAACCUUAGUCCUAAGCUGGAAGAAUCCAAAUGGGAGAUUUCUCAGAAAGCUGGUGAGAUCUCUCUACUGAAACGGCAUCUUAAAGACUCACAAGCUGAAGUUACAGAGAAGAUGGGGGAGGUCUUCCUGAUGAAGACACAACUUCGGGAGGCAAAAGCAUUAGCUAGAGAGAAAGAAAAAGAGGCAGCAGAUAUAAAAGCCCGUCUUCAGGCUUUUGAGGAUGCCAAAGAAAAACUUUCUCCAGCUUCAGUAAUGGACACCCAUGGAAACCCAAAAGAAGGUUUGGAGACUGUGGACCUAGAAAGACUAAGGGCUGAGCUGAUGUUGGAGAGACGGCAGAAUGAGGCGCAGAUCCUGAGUUUUGAGAAUGAGAGAAAAAUAUGGAAAGAAGAAAAGGAUAAAGUACUUAGGUAUCAGAAAGAAAUCCAGGCCAGCUACUUAGAAAUGUUUUAUCGUAAUCAGGCUCUCGAGAAGCAGAUCCAAGACCUGAGACACGUUCCAGUACAGUCUCCGAGUACUCCAUCACUGUGGAUGGAUGCUAUAGAAUCAUUUGAGACAACAUGA